AUGGCUGACAUCGACAAAAAGACAGACGGCCCAGAGCCAUACUCGGCUGUCGGCUUCGACUUCACCCUCUUGCCCGACUACGAUAACGACUUUGUCGAAGAAGACCACUUUAUUGAAUUCGCCAAAGCGCUCGCUGCACCUGAGAAUUCGCCAUCGACCGAAGACCUGCUUUCGCCUCCGCCCGAACGUGCUUUCAUCACCGCCCAAAAUGACUGGCGCCCCGUCCACCAGCGCGUCAAGCGGCGCAAGAAGACAAAAGCCCCUCCACGUCGCGGCAAGGACGAGACACGCGAGGGCUUUGUCUACAUACUGCUCAAGUGGCCGCUGCUGAUUGUCGUGCUCGGAUGGCUGCUCUUCCUGAGUAUCGGUUACGUCUUCACGCGCCUGUACAUUUAUCUAUAUGAGCACUGGGUCACAUGGCGCGGAACACGCCAGAGACUGCGCCAACGCCUACAGAACGCGAAUUCAUAUCAGGAAUGGAUACAGGGUGCGAAAGAGAUAGACAAUUAUCUUGGCAACGAUGCGUGGAAGGAGAAAGCCGAAUACGCUUACUAUGACAGCAAGACCAUCGCAAGGGUACACCAGCAGAUGGUCAAGCUGCGGGAAAAGGCCGAGGCUGAAGAAAACAGUGCUUCGGGCUCGAAACAUACUACAGGCCCUCACACGGCUGUCGAGGACCUUCGUGCGCUACUGGAGGCCUCAAUGAAGAACAAUUUCGUUGGCUUUGAGAACCCUCGGUUGUACAGCGAAACCUACUACGGAACCAAAACUCUUGUCCAAAACUUCGUCGACGAAGCCGAGGCUUCCCUGUCAUUCCUCCUGAGAACCACGCAGCUCGACGCUGACAACAAGCGCGCCCUCUUCAAGCACUUGGGCAGUAACUUUGGUCGCACUGCCCUGUGUCUUUCAGGAGGAGCCACAUUUGCUUACUACCACUUUGGUGUGGCUAAAGCUCUAAUGGACGCCGAGCUACUACCCGAAGUUAUCACAGGCACUUCAGGUGGCGCUCUUGUAGCUGCGCUACUGUGCACAAGGACCAAUGAAGAACUUAAGAGUUUACUUGUACCAGCGCUUGCUCACCGCAUUACGGCCUGUCAUGAAGGAAUUUUCACAUGGUCAAAGAGGUGGUGGAAGACUGGUGCUAGGUUCGACAGUGUGGAUUGGGCCAGGAGGUGUGCUUGGAUGACACACGGCAGUCUAACGUUCAGAGAAGCAUAUCAAAGAUCUGGCCGUAUACUCAAUGUUUCCUGCGUACCAGCUGAUCCGCACUCACCAACUAUUUUAGCAAACUACAUCACCGCCCCUGACUGUGUCAUUUGGUCGGCGGUUUUGGCUUCAGCUGCUGUUCCUGGAAUUCUCAACCCAGUCGUACUCAUGAAGAAGAACAAGGAUGGAAGUCUUUCGCCUUUCUCUUUCGGCCACAAGUGGAAAGAUGGCAGUCUAAGGACGGACAUACCACUCAAGGCACUGAAUCUACAUUUUAAUGUACGCUUCUCAAUCGUCAGCCAGGUCAAUCCACACAUUAAUAUCUUUUUCUUUUCGUCACGUGGAUCAGUCGGUCAACCUGUCACUCAUCGACGUGGACGCGGUUGGAGAGGCGGGUUUCUCGGUUCAGCCACUGAGCAGUAUCUCAAACUUGAUCUCUACAAAUGGCUCAAGGUCCUCCGUCACCUCGAACUAUUACCGAGGCCCCUUGGCCAGGAUUGGAGCGAGCUCUGGCUGCAACGCUUCAGCGGAACCAUUACCAUUUGGCCCAAGUCCAUCCCUUCAGACUUCAUUCAUAUCUUGUCUGACCCUACCCCUCAAAGACUAGCACGCAUGAUUCAUGUGGGCCAGCAAUCUGCGUUCCCAAAACUAAAGUUCAUUGCAAAUCGAGCCAAGCUGGAACGCGCCAUUCAAGAGGGCAGACGCAGGUACAGACCUCGUGGCGUACGCGAUGAAGAAGUAAUCAACACCCUCAGCGAAGAGGAUCUCCGCAGCUUGCUCAAACGAACACAUAGCGAUGGACCUACCGGAGACGCUCCAUACCCUGCAUCAGGUUCAGAGUCUUCUUCAUCUGCCGGGCUUUCAAGACCUGGAUCCCCGAUAGAUCUUCCUUUGGGCUUCAACUUUACCCGAAAGAAGAAGGGAAAGCUGGAUAACAUUGUAACAAAUGUGGAGAAGCAGACUGAUAUCCCAGACAGCCCUUCGUUGUCCAAGCGGCUAAGCGGCUGGUGGUCAGCCAUCUCGCCACAAGCUUCCCCACGACCUGACCUCGCGCAACCGACAGCUGCUCAAGGCAAGUCGCGUACUACGCCAUACAGCCACGAUCGCCCUAAUUCAAUGUUCGAGCUUCGACCUCCAGGUGGGUUGGGUGAUUUCCCGACUGGGAGGAAACAGAGCAGAGUCUUUGAUGACUCGGAUGACGAUGAUCUGACCCAGAGCACUUCUCGGUACAAGCAUCAGCAUAAAGGCAGCGACUUCCAUGAUGUAGAUGCAGGAAUAGGAGAUGGAGAGGAUCACGGCGACGCAGAUUUUGGUGACGACGAAGAAGACAGAAAGGAAUCGCAAACUGUUGGCGUUGGCCUUGGGCUUGAGUAA